AUGAUCGACAACACGUUUCUCAAGUCUCUACCCGAGAUAUUCAAGGUUGAGUAUGCCAAUGGAUUCAACUCAAUUAACAACAAGUUCUAUCUUACGAAUGGGUUCUCAAAGAAGAAGCUCAAGUUGAGCAACGAAAUCACUCGUGUCUCCAUUGUCGAGGUACUCAGCGAAGAAAUGCUCAACUCGUGCGAGGCGAAUCUGAAUCGCGUCAUGUACUUCGGACACACGUGGUCGCCUGUCAGUAUCUUACAUGUCUUGGGCCUUAAUGACGAGGAGCACACAAACGAGUUACUCAAGGCCAUCGUUGAUCUGGAACAUGCGCUUGAUCAGCCCGAUCUCACUAAGGAUCUGAUGCUCAAGGCAACCGCGUCCACCACCGCUACCCGUGAUGGUAAGCUGCGGGCGCCGCUCCCGAUUGGGAAGCUGGGAGAGUACAGGAUCCUACCCAAUUUGAACGGGGAUAAGCUCAAGCAAGCCUAG